AUGAAUAAGAAUACAAAAAUAAUAAUUAUAACAUCCGAUGAAGAUAUUAUUCAACGUCUCAUCUCAAAUGAAAGUAAAAAUACACAAAUAAUUAAUGCAACAGAAAAUCUUCAUUACUUAUCGAAAUUUAAGUCAAAUAAUGAUAGUCAAGUAAAUAAACGUGUACUUGAGUCAAGUACUACCAAUGAAGAAAGAUCAAUUAAAGUACGAAAAAAAUGGAUUGAUACAGUUUGUGUAAUUUGUGGUGAUCAAGGUAUUGGAUAUAAUUAUAAUGUUCUUACAUGUGGUUCAUGUAAAACGUUUUUUCGACGAAAUUUUAAUGAAGAUGUGGACAAACUUCAAUGUUUAACAGGUGACGAACAAUGUUCAGUUUCACAUGAAAUACGUCGAAAAUGUCAAAAAUGUCGAUUAAAACGAUGUUUUUCAAUUGGAAUGAAACCUAAUGUUGUUAAAAAUAAGACAAAAACUAAAAAUAUUAAAAAAAAUCUGAAUAACUCAUUAGUAUCAUCAUUCAAUGAAAUUGAUCAAUUGUUCACGAAUGAAAAUAGCAUUAUUGAUUCAAAAACAAUCAGUGAUACAUUAUUUACUCGAUUAUCUGUUGAAGAUUGGAUUACAAUUCAAAAUAUUCAAUCAUCAUUUGAAUUUUUCUGUAAUUUUCCAUUAGAAGAAAAUUCUGCUCUUAUGGAUCUAUCUGAUCGUACUUCAGCUAUUAUAUCUUGGUCAUACGUAGGAAGUGGAACUGCAAUGCGUUUUAUUAAUUUUUUUCGUCAUAUGAAACAAUUCGAAGAAUUAAAUAAUGAUGAUCGUUUUAUUUUAACUAAAUAUAAUCUUUUUUCGAUAUAUCUUACAUCAAAAGGUUAUUAUUAUAAACGUGUAUCUUGUUGUCAUUCAAUUGAAUUCUGGCAAAAAGAAGAUGAGAAUAAUCGUCGAUUUAUUAGUUUAUGUGAUACUUCAUCAUAUGAUGUCAAUAAAUGUGACGAUUUAGUUAAAUAUCUAAUCGAAUUAACUGAACGAGAUCCAACAAUUAUAUCUCUUCUUUCAAUAAUUCUAAUGUUUUCUCCAGGUAUAUCAAUGAAUGAAAAUGAGCCAUUAUUAAAAGAUUUAUUAAGUAUUUAUCGAAUUCAAUGUUAUUUUACAAAAAUCCUUUGGAAUUAUUUACUUGAUAAAUUGGAUGAAAUACAGGCUCAUAAAUAUUUUAUUCAAUUAUUUACAUUGAUUUUACGAAUUCAAUUGGGAGCUAAAGAAUUACGACAAUUUUUUCAACAUCAAUUUUCAAUAACAAAUACUAAAGAUAAAGUUGCACCGUUAAUGCAAACUAUUUUACAUUUUUAUUAA